AGGAGUAGAGACAAGUUGCUGAGUGUGUAAAUCUUUCCAGAGCACAUACACCCUGCCCCAGGGUCCUUCUUAGGCUGCCCCAUGGAGUUUCCCCUGGCCCAGAUAAGCCUUCAAGGAAGUCAUGAAGCCCCCUCCUCAACUUUCAGCAUCUUCCAGCCCAUGGAUUUGACACACAGAAGCUGCCAGGGCCUGAGCUCACCCCCUGAGCCCAGACAGCACACCCCAGCCAAAGAGGCUCAGCGCAGUCCCAGGACCCCCACUGUCCACACUGAGGCCCCAGGGGCUGCGUCCAUCCUAGGGGAUGCUGGGAAGCCUGAAGAAGUACCUGGGGCAGAAAGCAGCUGGUCUCUGCAGGCGGAGACCCGAGCUUGGUUCCAACAGACCCAGGCCCCCGGGUUCCUGCAGCACGGGGCAGCCCCAGCCUGGUUCCAUGGCUUCAUCACUCGGAGGGAGGCAGAGAGGCUGCUGGAGUCCCAGCCUCAAGGAUGCUACUUGGUGCGGUUCAGCGAGAGUGCUGUGACCUUCGUGCUGACCUACAGGAGCCAGACUUGUUGCCGCCACUUUCUGCUGGCCCAGCUCCGGGAUGGGCGCCACGUGGUGCUGGGCGAGGACAGUGCCCACGCGCGGCUGCAGGACCUGCUGCAUCACUAUACAACGCGCCCGCUCAUCCCCUAUGGGGAGACACUUACCCAGCCCCUCGCUCGCCAGACUCCUGACCCGGCUGGACUUUCCCUAAGGAAUGAAGAAUCAAAUUCUGGAAGCAAAAGCCAGGACCCCAUUCCCAAGCACAACCCACUCAUCAAACAGGAGCAGGCCCCCGCCUUAGAGCACAAAGCGGGAAGCCUGGAGCCAAAGGAGCCACCCAGGCCCAAGCCUCCCAUUCCUGCCAAACCUCAGCUACCCCCCGAAGUCUAUGCAAGCCCCAAGCCGCGACCCUACCCAGCCUUACCCCCUAAGCCCACCAACCCUAUUUACCAUGAGCCUGAUGAACCCAUAGCUUUCUAUGCCAUGGGGCGGGGAAGCCCUGGAGAAGCCCCCAGCAACAUCUAUGCUGAGGUGGAAGGACCACCUGAGACUGUGUCCAUCAAGCACCCUGUUCUCCGGAAGUGCCAGUCCAGGCCCGUCCCAGGAGUCCAGAAUCCAGGUGGCCCACAGCUGCAUUCUGAGAACUCUGUUUCUGGACAAAGCCCUCUCUUGCCCCAGCAGCCCCCUCUCCCAUAUAGGCACACCCUUCCCCACAGUCUUUCUAGACAGAUGCUGCAGGACAGAGGACAGAUGUGACUCUCCCUUGGACCUCCUUCUUCAGUAAGUGGAAAGUCUGAGCUUGAAACAUCAGGUCCACAGACCUAGGUGCCCUUCUCAGGAACUGUGGAUGAAACAAGCACAGGUGAUCAGAGCUGGGAAGGACCUCAGCCCUCAUCAAUUGCAAGAAUGGCAAAGAGAUGUCAUCUUGCAUGCCAACUCUAAUCCAUUGGUUGUGGCUGCCUAGAGGGUUGCAUUGGAAAGGAUGUUAAGGUCACAUCUGAACUCAGCAGAAAAGAGCAUCAUGAUUGAUUAGUGAUGUCUGCUGUGGAUGUAGAAGGGAGAAGGAGCAGUAUUUCAUUUGCUCUUGCUGAUCAAGGUCAAUUCCCUCUCUGUGCAGAUAAGGAAAUAAAACCAGAGAGGGAUAGUGACUUAGCCAAGGUCAAAGACUUACUGCAUAUGCUCUAACUCUUCUCCACAGGAUGUGACAGAGAUUUCCUCAGAUAGAAAGCCUGGCUGCUUUCCACAUGGGGCCUGGGUGCUAGCUCCUCUCCUUUGGAUACUAGUGUAGCCCUGAAUAUUGAAAGGUCUGGCUUCCACCAAGAAGCCUGAAAGCUGGAAAAACAAACAUGCAGUCUGCCUCAUCUUAAUAACACAUGCUCCCUCCUGAGAAUGCCCAGGAAUCAAAGGGUUAGGUACUUGCUGAUCCUCUGAGAUGGUAAGAAUUAUGCUAGAGGGCCCUGCUGGCUCUCACCGCCCUGGUUUCUCCUUCUGGAGUCUAAUUUCCUUGGCCUUCUGAUUCUGAGUCUGGGCCCUGGUCCAAUGCUGCUGUUGUCUGAGGAAUGGUUUGGUGAGAACAGAUGUUAGAACUUGUUUUGUUGAUUGUCUGGCUAAUAAAUCAUCACCAACAACCUC